CCACAGUGGAAUAGCGAACAACGAAUUCUACCUGACGCCUGAAAGACAAAAGAAGAGAAAAAAUCAUGAAGCUGCUUAGUCUCAACUUUUUGACCUGCGCGGUCAAGGCCUGCAAGUCCUCCGCGGCCUCGUUCCCCCUCCACCCAAAGGACGCAGAGCUGGCGCAGGACGACAUCGAGGUCAACCCCCAACUUCUCUUCAACGUCCUGCCCCGCUUAGACUGGGCCGCUCUGCGAACGAACGCAACUGAGCUGGGCUUCCCCGAACUCCCCACGGAGGCCCCCUCGGCAGAGCAGCUCGAGGGCGAUGAGAAGAUGCUCAAGGAACUACACCACCUCCUCAUGGAGACGCAGAUCAUGGAGGGCAAGCUCGUCUGCGGCAACUGCGGACACGAGUACGCCAUUCGCGAGGGCAUCGCCAACUUUUUGCUGCCGAGUCACUUGGUCUAAGAGGCAAUGCUCCGGUUAUGGGGGACCAAGUUUGGAGAGAUGAUGAAGACUUUUGAUUUGAGACGGCCCCGACGAGGCUGUAGUAGGCGUUCAUGGCGUUUUUCUCCC